AUGUCACUUAUACGAACACUGGAUGAACAGGAUAUAAUCGGUACUUCAAGAAUUCUCGAUCUUACUCCUGAUGAAGUGUCAUCACGAGACAGUGAGGAUCGAGUUCCGCUUCAUUACGCUGCGGAAACAGGGAAUGUCGAACUAUUUAAAAGACUUUUGGAACUCAACAACUCGCUGAUUGAUUGCCAGGAUCAAAAUGGCUAUACGCCGCUACUAGUAGCGUCGAUGAGCGGCAAUGCGUCAACAAUUAAGGUGCUAUUGGAAAACAGUGCGCAAAUCAACCACUUAGACAAGGAUAGACAUUCUGCCGUGCACUGGGCCGUCGUCUGCGGACAGGUCAAUUUCGAUCAUUCAUGA